UUCUAACACUUGACAGUUAUAGUUUUCCACAAGUUGUAAGACACAUCGUAAAAACUUGAGAGUUAAUAAUAAGAUGCCUAAUCAAGUUUGUGUUAUUUGCGGUGAAUAUAAAAGGUCGGGAAAAGUUUCUUUUUUUUCUAUCCCUAAACAAGAUACAAGAUUGAAAAAUAAAAGUGAUAGAGAGUUAGUUGAAAGAAGAAUUGCAGCUUGGAUGGCAGCUAUUGGAUCUAAUAUCAAUAAGUACUAUGGUACACCCUCUGUGUGUUCUUUACAUUUUCAUUCAGGCAAACCAGCAUACAUGUUUUAUGUAGAUGAUGUUGACUGGGUUCCGUCAAAGAAUUUAACUAACACAGAUCAACAUGAUGAACAAGAUCAUGAUUUUGAUUCAGACUUAUCACAUGCACACCCAAGUUGUGAAGACAGUUUACGAGUUGAUGACAGUACAGUGCAUGAGAUCAUUGUAAAUUCAAGCAGUCUUAGUGACAACAGCACAUUGCAUGAUAAUGUGUUGCAUGGCACAUUUCAAAGUAACGACAUUACAAUGGAUGACACUUCUUUGGAUUCUAACUUUGAACAUAAUGAUACCUCUACAGGGAUUACUAAUCCGGAAGAACAAACAUUAAGAGAAAUUAAGACACAUUUUGAAACGUUUCAUUCUACAAUUCAAACAGAAUCUGACAAGGUGUUACAUUCACAGACACAAGUUUCUCCUAAAGUCAUUAACUUGGGUUAAUGACGAAUAAAUAUAAAAUAAAUAAAAUUGUAUGAAGUUAUAUGGCUUCUGAGAAUCACAAUUCCAUUUGGCAAGGGGAAUGCAAGAAGUUUGUCCGAGAAGGUAUUAGUCAAGUAUUGUUCUGAGGACAAUAAAUUGUUUAUGGCCUCAACUUUUUCACCGUCACUGCAAUUACGCCCCACGACUAAAUGAAUAAUCAUGUGGUUCUUAGUUAUUGGAGGGAUUAACGUUUCUAGUUCACUUCCACAUUUGAAUAAAUUUAGGUCCAAUACCAAC